AUGGUGGGACAUUUGGUUAAAGUUCACAGGGAUGAUCCAAGUUUACAUAUUGUUUGUGACGUGUCUGGAUGUCAAUCCACCUUUUCUCGAGUUUUCAGCUACAAAAGUCAUCUUCGGCGCACUCAUAAAGACAUCGAUACGAACAUCAGACAACCGAUGAGGGCCAUUGACAUUGUGGAACCGGAAGUACCAGAGAGAGGGGGCGAUAAUAAUGAAAUAGCGCAAAAUGGUGAUGAAAUUAAGCGUUUGAAUGCAUUGUACUUGAUGAAACUGAAAGAAGUGCACUAUCUCACUCAAACAUCCCUCGACAGCGUAGUAGAAGGCACAACAGCUAUUGUUCAAAAUACGGUGCAAACAAUACGGAACGAAGUUGAGAAAAAGCUUCGAGAGUCCGGUCAAGAGCUGAUGGAUGUCGACGGAUUGGCCGAUGUAUUUGACCAGACCCAGCCUUUAUCCAACCCGUUUGCGCAUGUUAAAACUAAAAGUCGUCAAACAGCGUAUCAGAAAACAAAUUUUUCAUUAGUGGUGAGUACAAUGAAACAAUAG